AUGGAAGAGGAGGAGUCAGAGGAAGAAGAGGAUGAGCUCCCCAUGUACCAAGAGCACUAUGAUGCUCUCUUCUCCAUGGACUUUGUGGAGACCAAGUACCCACAUGAUGACACAAUGAAGGCUCUUGGGAUCUUUGAGAUGUGGAGCUGGUCCUCAAGAACAUGCACUUGGCCAAGUUCUUCUCUUACCGCAUGGAGUCUACAAGGAGCUCACUUCUCAAUCAGGAGCCCAGUGUUGAGAUAUGUGCACAAGGCUCUGCCAACACCUUCUUUGCAAGGAAGGCGACUGGGACAAUCAAAUGAGGGAGAAGUGAAGCUCCUUGACAUGGGAAUCAAGCCCAUCAUCUCACGCACAAGGAUGGGAAGAAGAUCAGGGGAGAUAGAAUCCAUGCAGGGAACCUCAUGCCUCUCAUUGACCAGCUACUCUCCUACAAGACCACCGCCUAUAGCACUCGGUUUCAAACAGGAAGAAAGGGAAAGCAAUGGAAAAGAUGAUUGGACUUCUCCAAAAGUUCAACAAGUGGCAAGGGAAAGCCAUGGAAAAGAUGCAAAAGUCCAUGGACAAGAUGGUGAGCAAGAUCAAAACUUGGAGAAGAAAGUUUCUGGUUCUUCAAGCAAGAAGAAGAAGUCCAAGGCCCCCACUUCCCUAGGAGUAGGUCACUCCUCACCACUCAAAGGAGGCUCCCUGCCCAAGAGCCUCACAGAGCCUCUUCUUUCGAGCCAAGGGAAGGAGAAGACAACACGCAGAGAAGGAGGAAGACUUCCAAGGCCAGACGCUCCAGCUCGACCACCGGACUCGAUCGAGUCCAAACAGAGGAAACUCAACUCGAUCGAGCUGACGGUCGAGCUGACCAGGAGGAGCCCCAGUUCGAGGAUCCGGGAUUUGAAUACGAUCCCAUGCCUUACCAGGAGCCUCCCCGGAGUAGAUGGAACCCCUAUGGACAGUACGAGCUACCAAUGCUCCACCAAGGCCAAGGAAGCCACACACAUUUCAACGAUGAAGAAGAGGAGGAAGAGGAGCCACAAGCUCGAUCGAGUGAGCCGCAAGAGGCAACCCAGUUGCAUGGAGCGCUCCUGA